CUCCCUGGGUAGCGUACAGGUGAACGGUGCCCCCCUGGAGGAACUGACCCCCUCCACAUGGAUGGAGGCUGACGCCACAGACUCACCCCACACAGGGUUCACUCACCCUGGAGUAGACCACAGCAAGAAGGACCCUGGAGCUGGUCCAGGGACCCCCAGCCAGCCUGGAGGGACAGCCAAGCACAUCCCACAGAUCGACCGUACCAAGAAGCCAUCAGUCAGAGUCUCAGACGGGUCUAAACCCCCCCUGGAUGCCCUCCCCAGGGACCUGCCCCCCCUCCUCCCAGAAUGGCCCGUCUGUACCCCAACCCAACCGCUCAGUCAAACCGGCCUUUGACCCGGCGGUGCCGCUGACGGACGAGGAACGAGGUCAGAUCCACACAGAGACGGCGGCUCUGAUGGAGAAGGCCCGGAGAGAGCAGGAACAACGCAAACAGGAACGCCACACCGAGGAGGAGUGGAGAGAGAGGGAACGCCGGGAGAAGGAAAAUGAGGAGAUGGAGAGGAGGAAAGAGGAAGAGAACAGGACUCAGGAGAGGAAGAGGUUGGAGAGACACAAGGCAGAGGAGGAGAAGGAGAACGGGGUUAGGGAAGAGCGAGAGAAGAGGGGGAAGGAGCAGAGGGAGGAUACACCGACCAAUGGUGAUUCUCUGGACUCGCCGGCUCCCAACCGUAUCGUCACGGAGAUUAAGCGGGAGCUCUAACCAGAGCCAGAAGUGAAGAGAUGGGGAGGAGUGUACCAGGUCUGCC